GAAAAGCUCGAUCUGGAGUCAGCAUGGAUCUUGGGAUCAUCUUGCUUGAAGUCACGCCAUUUCCUCUAUAGCAGCAAGAUCUGAUUCCUUGCAUUCGGUCUAGAGCUUGCUUUUGCUCCCUCAAACAUGACAAACCCUGGAUGUUCGAUGGUUGGCCGAUGGAAUGCCAAGCGGCGAAAUAAGAAGCGGAGCUCAGGGCACACAGCAACCCAGAGAGCUCAAUCCAAUGAGACCCUCAAUUCCCUCUGUUCAGUUGAGUGUCACCAUGCAACGAUCAUGACCGGUAGUGUUCCUCUGAAUUGCGAGAGAGCCACGCGGUGGAGAGAACGGCGGACCCAGCAUCAGCGCUCCGUUUUCCAACAUAUGGAUCCAAUUCAUAUUGAUGCCUCAAUUCUCCGAUUGGAUGACAGGGGUUGAGAGAAAACUUCCGGUGCAUAUUUAACGGAGAUUUUUCUGUCGAUGCCUGUCUAAUGGAUUCUUGUCAGCUCAUUGCGGAGACUGUGGACGACAUCAAUUUCGACAAGGCUAACA